UCUAACCGCGGCCACAGCCCCGGCGAGCCGGCUGUCCCAGCCCCGCCAGCCCGGGCCCUACCUGCGGCCGCCGUCGGGGGGGUUCCUCCCAGCUCUGCGGAGGCGCAUGAACAAUAGGCGGCGGCGGCUCCUGCGGGCGGCGGCGGCCCCGCACCCUAUGGAUCGGCCGCUCCAUGGAGCCCUCCAGAGCGCUUCUCGGCUGCCUGACGAGCGCCGCCGCUGCCGCCCCGCCGGGGGAGGAUGGAGCCGGGGCCGGGGCCGAGGAGGAGGAAGAGGAGGAGGAGGAGGCGGCGGCGGCAGCGGCGGGCCCCGGGGAGAUGCGCUGCGACGCGCCGCUGCCCUACUGGACGGCCGUGUUCGAGUACGAGGCGGCGGGCGAGGACGAGCUGACCCUGCGGCUGGGCGACGUGGUGGAGGUGCUGUCCAAGGACUCGCAGGUGUCCGGCGACGAGGGAUGGUGGACCGGGCAGCUGAACCAGCGGGUGGGCAUCUUCCCCAGCAACUACGUGACCCCGCGCAGCGCCUUCUCCAGCCGCUGCCAGCCCGGCGGCGAGGACCCCAGUUGCUACCCGCCCAUUCAAUUGUUAGAGAUUGAUUUUGCGGAGCUAACCUUGGAAGAGAUUAUUGGCAUCGGGGGCUUUGGGAAGGUCUAUCGUGCUUUCUGGAUAGGGGAUGAGGUUGCUGUGAAAGCAGCUCGCCACGACCCUGAUGAGGACAUCAGCCAGACCAUAGAGAAUGUUCGCCAAGAGGCCAAGCUUUUCGCCAUGCUGAAGCACCCCAACAUCAUUGCCCUAAGAGGGGUAUGUCUGAAGGAACCCAACCUCUGCUUGGUUAUGGAGUUUGCUCGUGGAGGACCUUUGAAUAGAGUGUUAUCUGGGAAAAGGAUUCCCCCAGACAUCCUGGUGAACUGGGCUGUGCAGAUUGCCAGAGGGAUGAACUACUUACAUGAUGAGGCAAUUGUUCCUAUCAUCCACCGCGACCUUAAGUCCAGCAACAUAUUGAUCCUCCAGAAGGUGGAGAAUGGAGACCUGAGCAACAAGAUUCUGAAGAUCACUGAUUUUGGCCUGGCUCGAGAAUGGCACCGAACCACCAAGAUGAGUGCAGCAGGGACGUACGCUUGGAUGGCACCUGAAGUCAUCCGGGCCUCCAUGUUUUCCAAAGGCAGUGACGUGUGGAGCUAUGGGGUGCUGCUUUGGGAGUUGCUGACUGGUGAGGUGCCCUUUCGAGGCAUUGAUGGCUUAGCAGUUGCCUAUGGAGUGGCCAUGAACAAACUCGCCCUUCCUAUUCCUUCUACAUGCCCAGAACCUUUUGCCAAACUCAUGGAAGACUGUUGGAACCCUGAUCCCCACUCACGACCAUCUUUCACGAAUAUCCUGGACCAGCUAACCACCAUAGAGGAGUCUGGUUUCUUUGAAAUGCCCAAGGACUCCUUCCACUGCCUGCAGGAUGACUGGAAACAUGAGAUUCAGGAGAUGUUUGACCAACUCAGGGCCAAAGAAAAGGAACUUCGCACCUGGGAGGAGGAGCUGACUCGGGCUGCACUGCAGCAGAAGAACCAGGAGGAACUGCUGCGGCGUCGGGAGCAGGAGCUGGCCGAGCGGGAGAUUGACAUCCUAGAACGGGAGCUCAACAUCAUUAUCCACCAGCUGUGCCAGGAGAAGCCCCGGGUGAAGAAACGCAAGGGCAAGUUCAGGAAGAGCCGGCUGAAGCUCAAGGACGGCAACCGCAUCAGCCUUCCUUCCGAUUUCCAGCACAAGUUCACAGUGCAGGCUUCCCCAACCAUGGAUAAAAGGAAGAGUCUUAUCAACAGCCGCUCCAGUCCUCCUGCAAGUCCCACCAUCAUUCCUCGUCUUCGAGCCAUCCAGUUGACACCAGGUGAAAGCAGCAAAACCUGGGGCAGGAGCUCAGUCAUCCCAAAGGAGGAAGGGGAGGAGGAGGAGAAGAGGGCUCCAAAGAAGAAGGGGCGGACGUGGGGGCCAGGGACGCUUGGUCAGAAGGAGCUUGCCUCAGGAGAUGAAGGAUCCCCUCAGAGGCGUGAGAAAGCUAAUGGUUUAAGUACCCCAUCAGAAUCUCCACAUUUCCACUUGGGCCUCAAGUCCCUGGUAGAUGGAUAUAAGCAGUGGUCAUCCAGUGCCCCCAACCUGGUGAAGGGCCCGAGGAGUAGCCCGGCCCUUCCAGGGUUCACCAGCCUUAUGGAGAUGGAGGAUGAGGACAGUGAAGGCCCAGGGAGUGAAGACAGUCGUCUACAGCAUUCACCCAACCAGUCCUACCUCUGUAUCCCAUUCCCUCGUGGAGAGGAUGGGGAUGGCCCCUCCAGUGAUGGAAUCCAUGAGGAGCCCACCCCAGUCAACUCGGCCACCAGUACCCCUCAGCUGACACCAACCAACAGCCUCAAGCGGGGUGGUGCUCACCACCGCCGCUGCGAGGUGGCUCUGCUCGGCUGUGGAGCCGUUCUGGCAGCCACAGGCCUAGGGUUUGACUUGCUGGAAGCUGGCAAGUGCCAGCUGCUUCCUGUGGAGGAGCCUGAGCCACCAGCCCGGGAGGAGAAGAAAAGACGGGAGGGUCUUUUUCAGAGGUCCAGCCGUCCUCGUCGGAGCACCAGCCCCCCAUCCCGAAAACUCUUCAAGAAGGAAGAACCCAUGCUGUUGCUAGGAGACCCCUCUGCCUCCCUGACGCUGCUCUCCCUCUCCUCCAUCUCCGAAUGCAACUCCACACGCUCCCUGCUGCGCUCCGACAGCGAUGAAAUCGUCGUGUAUGAGAUGCCAGUCAGCCCAGUAGAGGCCCCUCCCCUGACCCCGUGUACCCACAACCCCCUGGUCAAUGUCCGAGUGGAGCGCUUCAAACAAGAUCCUAACCAAUCUCUGACUCCCACCCAUGUCACCCUCACCGCCCCCUCGCAGCCCAGCAGUCACCGGCGGACUCCUUCUGAUGGGGCCCUUAAGCCAGUGGCCCUCCUAGCCAGCAGGAGCCCCUCCAGCAAUGGGUUGAGCCCCAGUCCUGGAGCAGGAAUGUUGAAAACCCCCAGUCCCAGCCGAGACCCAGGUGAAUUCCCCCGUCUCCCUGACCCCAAUGUGGUCUUCCCCCCAACUCCAAGGCGCUGGAACACUCAGCAGGACUCUACCUUGGAGAGACCCAAGACUCUGGAGUUUCUGCCUCGGCCGCGCCCUUCUGCCAACCGGCAACGGCUGGACCCUUGGUGGUUUGUGUCCCCCAGCCACGCCCGCAGCACCUCCCCAGCCAACAGCUCCAGCACAGAGACACCCAGCAACCUGGACUCCUGCUUUGCUAGCAGUAGCAGCACUGUGGAGGAGCGGCCUGGACUUCCAGCCCUGCUCCCGUUCCAGGCGGGGCCACUGCCCCCUGCCGAGCGGACGCUCCUGGACCUGGACGCAGAGGGGCAGAGUCAGGACAGCACUGUGCCGCUAUGCAGAGCGGAACUGAACACACACAGGCCUGCCCCUUACGAGAUCCAGCAGGAGUUCUGGUCUUAGCAUGAAAAGGAUCAGGGUGGGCAAGGGGGACAGCCGGAGGAGACGGGGGGAGCUGGCGGGCAUAGCCCUUUCUCAGUAUUGGACCCCCUGAGAUCCAGCCCUACUUCUUGCACUGAUAAUGCACUUUGAAGAUGGAAGGGACAGGGCCACUUCGGAGGGUCUCCUGCCCUGCAGGGUCUUUCUGCCCAUGUCCACUGGAGGGGCUGUGGCCAUCAGUUCUGGCUGUGUAGGGGAGGGAGGGGUGCAUGCAUGUCCCCCACCCUCCACAGUCUUCCUUGCCUUUAGAGUGACCCUGCAGAGUCACUCAGCCAAAUCUGUCUGCUGCUCCCUCUCCUCAGCCAGCUAGGUGUGCAAAGAGCUGUCCUGGGGUCCCUUUGUUAGCCCUGAGUUCGGCUUCCCAAACACCAGUAUUGAAUGUUCUGUGAUUGAUUUUGCUCCUCCUCCGCUCUCCCCCAACACCCAGCAAUCGGAAUCUGGCUUGGUUCGAGAUGGGAGCUUUUCUGUGUCCUAAGCCUUUUCAUGCUAGCUGGAAGACUGAAAGCGAGGUGGCCCAGUGUGGGGUCAUAGGGCUUGAUAGACCUGGCACUACAUAUCUGCAUUUCAGGUGCCCUACCUAUUUAUGUGAGCCCACAGGUGGAAAGGGGAACUGCCCCAGUGAGAACAGGGGGAUGGGGGUGUUGGGAAAAAUACAGUGAAGUUGCAGUGAAAAGGUUAAUGGAGCAUGUCCUUAUUCUUUUUGGAAACACUCAAAGGGCAAACCAGCAACUGUUGAAGGUACCCAUUUACCUGCUUGGGGUCAGGAUCUGGUCAGACCAGGUUCAGAUGCAAUCAUAUGCUCAUCCCAGGACUAGUUUCUUGGGGGACUCACUCACUGGUGCCAGUUCUAAGUCAGAAACAAAAUUCCUGUUCCUUUUUUUGUCUAAACUAUGUGUUAUUCCCUUCCUUUGGUCUUCACUCUAAUCCCUGGAGUUUGUGGGCUUUCGGUUAUGUGUUUGGUUAGUAGAUAUCACGCAGUGCCCCAGAAUAACAUACGAAGGUGGGCCCUGGGCACUGAGAGUUGGGAAUUCACUCUCAAUUGGGCCGUCCAUGUUGUGAUGCCCUUGAAGUGAAAUGGAGCCAGCAGGAGUACCUUCUGUAAAUGCAUGUGGCAAAGUGCUAUUUAUAGGGUGCCCAGGGAGCCACUGAUAUACGAUCACCUCUAGGUCCCUCAUACUGGAAACUGACCAAGGCCUGUGCUGGGCUCUGGACAUGAGCUGGGUAGGAAGGAUAGCAGAAGACAACCCUGACGUUUCUGGAAGUUGUUUCCUUAACUUGAAAGUUGAGCUUCCUCUAAAGCUUUCUCACGGAUGUCCUCACCAUGCCACUACUCUGAGGCCUCUUGUGUUACGUAUGAACAGUUGUUUUUAUGUGGGAAUGAUGACUUGAUUGGGAGUAGAGUCUCAAGGUCAUUCCCGUCUUCCCUGGAGACUCUCUGAAUGCUGCUCCACUGUCUUUUGUCUUGGAGUAUUUCUCUGGCAACGUUGGAGGUCACUCAGCAGGUUCCUUGCAUUUGCUGCCUGGAUGUGCAGCUGGCAACCGUGAUGAAUCGGUCGCUGCGCUUUCUCUAUAACUAGGAGAGAUGUCCUGCCUUGGGGUUGAUGAAAGGGGUGACCUUGGUUUUCAUUGUUCCUUGCUUUAUGAGCUCAUUAGCACUUUGGUUCAAGGGGCCUACCAAGUCUUGGACGGGGAGGCGCUACUGGUUUUGUUGGCCAAGGUUUUGUUACCGCUUCUCCUCUGUGUCCUUCUCUUUGUUCAGUGAAACCAAGAUGCAAAGGAUUGUUUUUUGCCCCCAUUCUCCUACUCCUGGGCUAGGAGGGAAAAAUGUGAAUUUUACCAGAAGUUCUAGCCAACCUAGUGAUCCUUCUUAAGUCUUGAUGGGGAGAAGAACAUAAAAAGUCUGUUUUGUGCCCUCCUUCCCCUGGGCCCUCCAUAAUCCCAGUCUAAGCCACGAACACAUCUGUCUAUACUAGGCUCCACUAAAUAGCCCUCUUGUGGCCCUCCAAACCAUGCUGGCUGUACACAGUGCUUUAUGGUCUGAGGCAGAGAUUUUUCCUUUGCUCGUUUUUAACUUUUGCCAUUGUGUUAGGUUGCAGCCAUCUUUCCUGGAAAGAUGUAGGUAACUGAUGUAGUGUAGAUUGAAUGAUGGCCACCCGCCAUCGAGUGAGAGGUUGAAUGCCAUCCUUACUUGUCCACUGUGGGGAAAGACAAAGGAAGCCUGGGGCUUUGCUAAGGAAAUAAUGGUACCUGAAAGAAGCAAAAGCAGGGUUAUCUAAUGAUGCUGCUGUGAGCAUCCACGAAGAGGGAACAGUUACCAUCUCGCAACUCCUACACACCUGGCCUCUGAUGUGCCCCUGACUGCCGCCCUCUCUCUGUGGGGCAAGGCUGGAGACAGGCUGAGGAUCUGUAUAGCAGCAGGUCUCAGUGGCUUUCUACUCACUAGGGUUCCCAUGCUCUGUGGUCCUUGUCAGGAGCAGGCCCUGGAGCUGUGGAUGAAGCCACUUGAGUGGCAGUAGCUGGCCCUGGCUUCCCCUGCCUUCCAUUUGCACAAAGACAUAUUCCUUCUGCUCUUGGAAGGUGCUCACUACAUGGAAUAUGGUGAUAGGAACAGAUACUGCUCUCUGCCCCUGCUCCUUGGAUCCUUCAGCUCCUACCACUGAUUCGGAUUAUCCCUUGGGGACCCCCUUGGGGAUCCAGACUGCUGCCAGGAGGUUGAGUAGAUACCUCAGUUAUCUGGAUGUUAUUUCUGAGAGGCUUUGGUGGAUACCCUUCACUUGGCAUCCUGUGGCAUCCCUAGGGUCUUCUGGUAACAAUAAUAGCAACAAUGGUAUCUUACAUUUGGGACAACUCAGAAUAGUGCUGACUUUUCCUCCUGACCUUUGCAAAAUGACAUCAUUUUCCCUGUACAUUUGAUACACUUGCUAGUAGAGAAGCAGAAAUGCUUAAAGAUGAAAAUUCAAGUGAAGAGAAAUUAAAAAGUGGCUUGGACUAAUUGCUGAGUGGGGCCACCGGGCUCUGAGAACUGAACAGGUUGGCUGCAUUCCCCAUUCUGCUUUUGCUGUGUGGCCAUAGGCUUGUCUCUUUAGCCCCUCUCAGAUUUCCUUCCUUUAAAAGCAGUCAUCACAUCCUUCCCUCUCAAGGGCGUUGGGUGUAUGUAUCAGAGAAGGUCAGUGAAGCACCGCAGCUCCUUGCCAGCUCCUAGAGGGAGCUUGCUUCAUCUCUACAGGGUGAGUUGCUGAAGUUGAGACCUUUGCCUGGAGGAAACUUGCCUUUUGUCCUUUGGCUUCUGGAAGAGGAGUGAUUUGGAGGUGGCUGAGCAUGACUAAUGGGGGCCCAUCAGGCCCAUGCCCUUCUGCUGCAUUUAUGUAGCACCUGGUGUUGACAAGCAUUCCUUCCUGAUUCCCCCACUUAACUUGUCGGACACAGUCUGCCAAUGUCAUCCUCACCAUUUGUGUCUUACAGAGAAGGAAAUGGGAGAGGAAGGUUGGUAGCAAUGUCAGAGUGACAGUUGGCUGUCUCUGAUUUCUUGGGGUCAUCAGUCUGAUUUGUUUAGAGCCUGGAAUCAUCCCAAUUCCUGGAAGAAUCUUUGGAAAAGGGUCCCCUUGUCCUUGGGACAUAUGUCAUGGUCACUAAGACCCCUUUCCCUCAGGCUGCUGUUGCUCAGAGACACAAUGAGCAACAUCUAGAUGUCCUAGAUACCCCUAGGACAUCUAGACCUGACUUUUCAGGAACUGUUUUGCCUCUGUGGUCUCCGCAUUGGAGUCCUCCCUGCCUUCUCCUUCCCCUGUGUGAAGGAAACACCUCCCUAACCAUCCUAACUCAUCCAGCUCACUUUUAACAAAGCAAAGAGCAGAAGGCACUGAAGACUGGAUGGCUGUGAAGGCACACCUUGGGUUGGAAACCGUGCUGGCAGGAACCUGGUGAUUAGAGCUGCCUGCUUCCUGGGUGUGUGAAUUUGCACAUCUUUUUCUCUCUCUGGACUUUAAAAGCCUUCUGUGAGCUGGGGACGAUACUAUCUACUUUCCCUCCCGAAGCCCUUCUAACUUUAAAAUGUAUGGUCCUGGAGCCCUGAGACCUGCACAGAAACUGCAGCCUUGCUAGAUGGCUUCCCUUGUGCAGAGAAGUGUGCGUGUGUAUGAAAUAUAUGUACAGUUUUAUGUUAAAAACCGUCGAAUAUCAGCUGUUUCGUAUGGAUUAACCUAAGGUACCUGCCUCUCUCUUUGGCUUUAGGUCUGAGAAUGACUUGUCUUUGUCAAGGUAUGCUAUUGUUAGAAACACAUUACCCAAUGCAUCUCUUCUUUCAGAUCAGCAUAUUCCUAGACUAGGAAUUCAUAUUAAUGAAAAUUCACAUAUGAAAGGAAAACCCAUUGCUAUUUCUGGGGAGGACCUCAGUCCUGGGCUUUCCCCUGGUAUUCCUACCUGGAUGGCAGGAGGAGGAAGUGGAAAUCCUGCUGAUUAAGGCUAAGUAACAGGGUUUAGGUGCCUAAUUAGCAUGACCCAGCCCGGGACUUCCAGUUGGCUAUGCAGGCCAGGUGAGUCUCUUACAGACUUCCUCUCAAACUGCUGUUUCUCAUUUUGUCCUGAUGAGAUAUUGAUGGUCAUAUCCACACCCUUCCUCAUCCUUUUCCCUUCUUGGGCCCUGAAACUACCUUGGCCUCCCUAGGCUGUUCAGGGAACCCUGGCUUUGCGCGGCAGCAUGUUGGGCUCACUCUGUGAUCAGGAGCCAGUAGGACUGGUCCUUCCUGAUUCUUACUGCCUGUGGUUCCCCAACCCCUGCAAGCCUGCUUUGGGCCUUGAGCUGGAAAGAGAAGAGCCCUGGGGGCCAGCUGGUUAUGGGAGCUGAGCUUUUCCACACGUCUUUGUUAACCCUUGGAAACAGACCCGCCUUUCCCCGACCCAUCUUCCUACCUGUCUUGUCUGACCUGCCCUCCUUGAAAGCACUCACCACCUAGUUUUACUAGGCUGAUUGGCAGGUGUGGACAUGAUAGGUGUCUAACUAGUUAGGUGUCUCAGGAUGGGACACCAGAAUACAAUUCCAGGUGUGCACAGACAGGCCUCUGCUAGUGGGACAUGUAGGGUAGGUGUGUGGGCAUUCUGAACCCAGAGGUCAGAGUAGCCACAAGCGGAGCCCUGGGGAGCGAAGGUCCCAGGGACAUGGUGUUCCUUGCCCUGUGCUCACAAAGUCCAAGGCUAGGUUUCUGAAGUAGUAUGCCGCCGUUCCUGAGAUCCUUCACACCUGGACACCUACCCAGACAAAGCCUGACUGAAAAUUUUGAUACUGCAUUCAUCAUGGAAUUUUUCAAUAACUCUGAUUUUU